AUGGCAACCCAAUACGAAGUCGAGCACAACGUGCAGUUCACCGAGCCGCGACGCGGGCGGCGCGUGGACAUGGCGUCCUUCUUCUCGCUGCUGAACCGCGUGGCGGAGACGCCAGCCGGGGGCGCGCAGCACAACCCGCACGCCACGCCGACGCCCGUCGACACGGCCGACCUGUUCCGGAUGCUGCAGGACCAGCUGCUGACGCUGCACACGACGGCGCCGACGGCCGACAACCGCUCCUUUCUCGAGCAGCUCAUCACCACGCUCGACGGCGAGAUCCAGGACCCGCCCACGUCGCUCCGCGGCGUCUCGCAGGAGUUUGUCGACGGCCUGGACAGGGUGCCGCGCAAGACGCUGGCCGAGGACGACGACUGCGCCAUCUGCAAGAUCCCGUACCUGGAGGACGAGUGGUGUCUGGUUGUUGCGCUGCCGUGCCAGGGACGCCAUCGGUUCGACCUCGAGUGCGUCGGCCCGUGGCUGCGCAGCGUCGGGACGUGCCCCAUGUGUCGCGAGGAAAUGGUCAAGAAGAAGGACGUGCCGGUGGUGGUGGAUGAUGAUGAAGAGGACGGCGACAUGAUGUAUGCGUAG